CCAACAAGACGACCAGACCCACAGUCCAACAGCCCAAAAGCCAAAUAGCAACAACACAACAACAACCACAAGCAGCAGAGCAAAGCAACCAUCACACAAUCCAUACAACGAACGAAAUACUGCUGAAAGAUGAUUGUGCGGAACACUUUGAGAUUCGCGCUGUUGGCCUUGUGCCUUGCUAGUUUAAGUCGCGCCCACUUCCCAGAGUACUGUGCAGAGUGUGAACAGGAGAUCUGGGAGCAGGUACCAUGCAGUGAGAUUAGCACCUCAACCAGUGCACCGCCCACCACAAAUGUGCCACCCACGCGUCCCAGCACAACAAGCAGCACCACAACAGAGUUGCCCAUCAUCACCACUGAGCGACCAACUCCACCCACAACGACCACAACGGAGGAACCCGUGACCUCCACUCCUUACCUCAGCACACUGCCCUACUACAGCACACCUGCUCCGGCUUAUCCCACCAAUCCUUCGACCUACAAGAAGUGCUACUGCGAAUGCAAGCUGGGUUGCAAGGAAUUCUGUCGCAAGGUCUCUGUGGCCAGUCCCAAACAGCAGAUCUCGCAGAUUACCUCAACGGGUGACUAUGCGCCAGGUGGUCAAGUGGAGUACACGCACUCGCAUCACAGGAAAUACUAUCCCAAGUAUGCGGCACCCUCCAGACCAAGACCCUACAAACCAUACCCAUUGGUCUACAAUGAGGCAGCUGCUUCAGCGCCAGCUGUGAACAACAUCAAUGCACCCAACUACACGCUGGAGGAGCUGGCACAUCUGCUGAGCACAGCCUACGGCACCAAGAAGGGUUAUCCGGCGAGCAAUGCACCAUCGCAGGAGCAGGUCUACUACUCACCCUCCCCACCGAAGUAUAAACCCGAGUAUAAACCCGAGUAUAAACCCGAAUAUAAACCGGAGUACAAACCUGAAUACAAACCCGAGUACAAACCCGAAUAUAAACCUGAGUAUAAACCCGAGUAUAAACCCGAAUACAAACCCGAAUACAAACCGGAGUAUAAACCCGAAUACAAACCCGAGUACAAACCCGAAUAUAAACCCGAAUACAAACCUGAAUACAAACCGGAGUACAAACCCUUGAUCAACAAAGUCAUCGCUGUAGCCGGUCCCAAAAUUAGAACCGCCGCCUCAGCCGUUGUCUCUGGUGCUCGUGCUAUUGCCAAGGCCAAGACGCCCUACAAGGAGGUGGUAGCUACCUCAGCGCCCGUCUACGACAGCACCACAUCGUAUCCCAUUGCACCGCCAGAACCCGAGCCCAAGCCGUAUGCGGCACCAGAACCCGAACCAGUUGCAGUGUCCCAAACCGAGGCGUAUCCCGCACAGACUGAAGCGUAUCCUGACAAAUCCUCAUACGAGGCACCCGAAUCGAAUGCCAUCAAGUCGGGUUCGCCGCCAUCUUCCUCCUUCGAUCUGGCCAUCGACAACUAUCUGAAGGACUUUGGCUAUGGCAACCAGGUGCGAGACUUGGACUACUAAAGAGGGAUUACCAAACAUGGAAAGGCCUUCAGUUGUUACUAGUUGUUAUUAGGUUUAGAACUAACUACUAUGACUUGAGUUGUAGCUAAGUUGGUGUACAAUAAAAUAUAUACGCAAAU